AUGUUGCACCUCCGUAGAAUAGCACAAAAGAGCGCACCACGCGCAGCGCGGCGGUUGCGCCAGACAGGUGCUCAGGCUGCAAUAGUGCAAUCGUACAGGGGAUACGCCAGUUCGUCAGAUCCGUACGACGUUGUGGUCAUUGGUGGAGGUCCCGGAGGUUAUGUUGCAGCAAUUAAGGCCGCCCAGCUGGGGCUGAAGACGGCUUGCAUCGAGAAGCGAGGCUCUUUGGGAGGAACAUGUCUGAACGUUGGCUGCAUACCAUCCAAGGCCAUGCUCAACAACUCGCACAUCUACCAUCAAACGCAGCACGACCUCAAGAGGCGCGGAAUUGACGUCUCUGGCGUCAGCCUUAACCUCCCGACGAUGCUCAAAGCCAAGGAAGACGCCGUCACGGGCCUGACAAAAGGUAUCGAAUACCUAUUCAAAGCGAACAAAGUCGACUAUAUCAAGGGCUCCGGUUCGUUCGUUUCCCCAACGAGAAUUGGGGUCCAGCUACUCGACGGGGGCGAGACUGAAGUCGAAGCCAAGAACAUCAUUAUUGCUACUGGUUCUGAAGUCGCACCCUUCCCCGGCGGCGGCAUUCAGAUCGACGAGAAGCAGAUUGUCAGCUCGACAGGUGCUCUCGACCUCCAGGAAGUCCCGAAGAAGAUGGUUGUCAUCGGUGGUGGUGUCAUCGGGCUGGAACUGGGUAGCGUCUGGAGUCGUUUGGGCGCCGAGGUCACAGUAGUCGAAUUCUUGGGAGCUAUUGGUGGCGUUGGUAUUGACGAGGAGGUCGCCAAGCAGUUCCAGAAAAUACUGUCGAAGCAGGGCAUAAAGUUCAAGCUGAACACCAAGGUCCUCUCUGCUGACAAGGAGGGCGGCAAAGUCCUCAUCAAGACUGAGGCAGCCAAAGGUGGCAAGGAGGAGACGUUGGAUGCCGACGUUGUCCUCGUCUCUGUCGGUCGCCGACCGUACACCGAAGGCCUCAACAUCGAGGCCGCUGGCGUCGAGCUCGACAACAGGGGACGCGUGAUAAUUGACGAUCAGUUCAACACCUCAGCGAAGCACAUCAAGUGUAUCGGUGAUGUCACGUUCGGUCCCAUGCUGGCUCACAAGGCCGAGGAAGAAGGAAUUGCCGCCGUUGAGUACGUGAAGCACGGACACGGACACGUUAACUACGCUGCCAUCCCAUCCGUCGUCUACACCCACCCCGAAGUUGCCUGGGUCGGCAAGACGGAGCAGGAGCUCAAGGCUGACGGCGUGAAGUAUGUAAUUGGAAAAUUCCCUUUCACUGCCAACUCUCGCGCGAAGACCAACUUGGACAUGGAGGGCUUCGUCAAAUUCAUCACGGAGAAGGAGACAGAUAAGAUCCUUGGCGUCCACAUCAUUGGUCCUAACGCUGGUGAAAUGAUUUCUGAGGCUGUCCUUGCCAUCGAGUACGGUGCUAGCUCAGAAGACAUCGCGCGCACGACCCACGCUCAUCCCACGCUUAGCGAAGCUUUCAAGGAGGCUGCCAUGGCUGCCUCUUCCAAGCCCAUACAUAUGUGA